CACAUCAGGGGCGGACUGACCAUUUGGAAACCCGGGCACUGCCCGAGGGCCGGGGUCAGUAGGGGGUCCCAUGUGAUACCCCUGGUACCUUUUUCAUAGGCUUUUUUGAGUUUGGGCAAGGACACAGGGGCCCCAUGAUCCCCUAUUGCCCGGGGGCCCCAUGAGUUGUCAGUCCGCCCCUGCACUGUACUAAUGGCACUGGGCAGGAAAGGGUUAACAUGUGGGCCGAUCAAAUGGUUAACUGUGUGCUAUGUGUGUGCUUUACACUAUAAGCACACUGCUUUGUAUGGCUCUGCUAUGCAGAGCCAUACAAAGCAG